UAGUAAACCUUCUGCCCCGUAGCCGUUGAACGCACCCCUGUUCCUGUGUGGCUUCACAGCGAAAACAUGAGCAGAAAGUCCUGGACAUACAGCGGUGCUACUCAUUUCUACUGAACUCUUCAGCUGGAUCGAGCACAUCCCAAAGGUGCUUUAUUGGAUCUGGUGACUGUGAAGGCUGCUGAAGUACGGUGAACUCAGCAUUGAGUUAAUGGAGAUCACGACGACUUAAGCUUUGUGACUUGGGCUAUUGUGCUGGAAGUAGCCUUUAUAAGGUCGUAACUUGUGGCUAUAAAGGAACAAUAAAGGUCAGCAACAAUACUGAUUGGAUAAUUGUAUGAAUUAACGGGUGUACAGUAAAUGGCAAUUUGUCGAAUGGAUCAAGCCGAGUAUAAGUUCAAAGGACUGAUCAGCAUACCAGAAGUUCGGAGUGGGUCAAACUUUCCAGCUGCUUUUUUGUUCUAGUUCCCACGCUAAUUCCUUGAUAUUACUCCAGUGGAUUCAGCAGUGGUCAUAUUUAGAUGUAUUCUGCAUAGCUCUUUAACCAUCUCUAGUCAUGCCUUGAUCUGCAACAGUUUCAGUCUCAACUUUAUGUACUGCCUAUCAUCCUACUAAUGCUGAACUGAAAAUAAUAACUUCAGUCAACACAACACAUUUAUAGGUUUAACUAUAAUUCUAUCCUCUUGACCCACUCCACUGGCCUAGCAAGAUAGGCCUAGCAACAGCAAUGCUAGGCUGUCCGCUGCGAGGUAGGAGCAUGUCUCAGAGGCUCAGCAUUUUGCUCCUACUCUUUGGCCUGGCUUGGUGCCUGCUGCUGCUGCACUACACCGUUACACAGCCACGGUACCAAAGCAGCGCCGAACUCCGGCAGCAGAUUCUGGAGCUGAGUCAACGCUAUGUCAAAGCACUCAGCAUGGAGAACCAUGAGCUUGCAAGGCCAUAUAACCCCUCAAUGACUGGAUAUGCUGAUCUGAAAAGGACCAUUGCUGUGCUUUUGGAUGACAUCUUAAACCGUUUAGUGAAGCUGGAGAAUAAACUGGAUGCUACAGUGAACACAUCAGUGCACAGCCCUUCUCACAUGAUGGGGACUGCAAUGCACAGACCCACUAAACAGAACGAAUCAGGAAUAAACACUCACAGCAAUCAGCCCCUGACGUAACCUGGGAGCUAGUGAUUUAUGGGUGACUUCAUUGACCUUCUGUUUGCACUCCAAGACUACUCUAUUUUUUGUGUGUGUAUAUAUAUAUAUAUAUAUAUAUAUAUAUAUAUAUAUAUAUGUGUGUUGGGGGUGUAACGGUACAUGUAUUCAUAUUAUGUCCAGCUUCAACAAUUUCUCUUAAAUGGGGAAAAUCCUGAUAAUUCUACAUAUUAGGGGAGUAAUUGAAUGAAGGCUGGAAGGAAUUGACAUUUUAAAAGUAUGCUAAAAUAGUUAAGUAGCUAAUAGCUAAUAUGUAUAGAAAAUUAAAUAUUAAAUUUAAAACACACACACACACACACACACACACACACACACACACACUGUAUUACCCAAAUGGGGUCUAACAAAUGUAAGCUAUUUAAUUAAAUAU